GGAGCUGAUUGAUUAUGAUUCAUCUUAAUGUGGGUUUUGAUUUUGAAUUUGGAAUGCCAAAGAACUCUUAGAAGAAAAAGCAUGGCUGCUGCUGUAUUUAACCAAAGCAUUGGGGCUUCUCAGUCCCUUGGGCAUUUUAAUACCUCCGGCCUACAUCAAGAGUUUGGGAAAGGUUCAGUGAGAUUGAUUUCAAAGGCUUUUGAGGUUGAUGUUGGACUGUCAAAAAGAGGAUGCUAUAACUCCAGUCAGAGAAACCUUAGUAUAAUUCGAGCCUCGACUUCCCAGACUUCAUUGAUCGAUAUAGUUUCAUCCCCCUCACAUAACAAAUCCAAUGAUUCUCGGAAGAAAUCUGGUGAAGCAGCUCUGAUUUUGAUUAGGCAUGGCGAGUCAUUGUGGAACGAAAAGAACUUGUUCACAGGCUGUGUUGAUGUCCCUCUGACCAAGAAGGGUGUGGAAGAGGCAAUCGAAGCUGGCAAGAGAAUCAGCAACAUACCUAUCGACAUGAUCUAUACAUCUGCGCUGAUUCGUGCACAGAUGACUGCCAUGCUUGCCAUGACACAGCACCGUCGUAAGAAGGUGCCAGUUAUAAUGCAUAAUGAGAGUGAACAAGCUACGGCAUGGAGUCAGAUUUUUAGUGAGGACACAAAAAAGCAAUCCAUUCCUGUUGUAGCAGAUUGGCGGUUGAAUGAAAGAAUGUAUGGGGAAUUACAGGGUCUCAAUAAACAGGAAACAGCAGAUAGAUAUGGGAAGGAACAAGUUCAUGAGUGGCGUCGGAGUUAUGACGUACCCCCUCCUAAUGGCGAGAGUUUGGAAAUGUGUGCUCAAAGAGCUGUUGCUUAUUUCAAAGAUCAAAUUGAACCCCAACUUUUAGCUGGAAAGAAUGUGAUGAUUGCUGCCCAUGGGAAUUCAUUGAGAUCCAUAAUAAUGUAUCUUGACAAACUAACUUCUCAAGAGGUUAUUAGUUUAGAACUUUCAACUGGAAUACCCAUGCUUUACAUUUCCAAAGAGGGGAAAUUCAUUAGGAGGGGAAGUCCUGCCGGACCUGCUGAGGCUGGGGUUUAUGCCUACACCAAGAAAUUGGCUCUUUACAGGCAGAAGUUAGAUGAGAUGGUUCAUUAGUGCACAUUCUCUCUGCUUCUGCUUUUUCGGGGGAACCUCAUUUACUAGGUAGCCCACAAUUUAUUCUCAAGUAGGGAACCUCAUUUACAGGUUUUCUUCUGGUUAUAAAAUCUUGAAUAUGCUUGUGCACAUUCUCUCUGCUUCUGCUUUUUCAGGGGGCUUAUCUUUCAGUAGUGUACCGUUUGGUGUCAGCUUAUUUCAAGGUUUACGUAUAUACGAAAUAUAUUGUUAUUACAGCUCUCAAGCUCAGAGACCUGGCUACUUGUUUCUGUAUACUUUUUGUAUGUGUGUAGCAAGCAAAUUUAAUCAAGCUCAUGUGUUAUUAUUCAAUCUUCUCAGUUUGUAAUCAUGUAAUGAUAGAUUGAAAUAAGGGUACAUCUUUUUGGCCAUUUUAUUUGUUGGUUGGUUUUUUUUAUUAUUUUAUUCUUCAAGCAGCAAAUGAAUAAAGGAUGUUGAGUUACACUGUCAAGGA